AUGCCGCGAAUCUACGAAGAGACGGACCCUAACUACGCUGCAAGCUGCAGCAAUAUAACGCUAUGCUCCAACUCCAAGGGUUUCUUCAAGGGGCUGGGCGAGGAGUUGGUCUCCAUGGCGGAGGCAGACGGUUGGCUGGACAAGUUCGAAGCUGAGCAGGAUACCAAAAAGGUGGCUGCUGUACUGGCGAACGAGACGGUGAUGGAAGCUCUGAACGAGGUGCUGUCGAGAAUCCAACCGCUACACCGCGGCAAGGACGCGCAGGUGUCCCGAGACCGCCGCCUGGCUGCUCAGAAGGCGAUGGAGGACGGAGACUUGGACAAGGCACUUGCAUACGCCAGCCAAGCAGUUCUAAGAGCUCCUAUGACAGGCGGAGACGAUGCGAUUGUUUCCGAAGGUGGCAUCUCCUUGGCGUUAGCGCUGUGGCUGCGGUCAGAAAUAUUGCUGCGUUGCGACAGACCUCAAGCUGCUCUGGAAGACCUGAAGCUGGCGCUCAAGGAGCGACUGCCUGCAAAAAUGAGGGCACAGUAUUACUGGAGGAUGGGGCACUGUUACAGAGGUGCUGGUGAAGCCACUCGGGCCAAAGUGUCGUAUGAGCUGGCCGGUAGACUGCUGGGUACCGACGAGGCUGCUAAGGCGCAGCUAUCUGAAGACAUCGCCUGUCUGGACUAUUCGGCACAGCCCAAGCAAACAUCUGAGAAACCUGUGACGUCACUGACCGGUGGAGCGAAACAGAACAUGCCGUCUUUGUCUAAAUUACUAAAAAUUGCUGAAGAAGAAACUAAGGGUCGGUUUGCAGUUGCAAACUCUUCAAUAAAGACAGGUGACGUGCUACUGGUAGACCCGCCGUACGCCGCGUGUCUGCUCUCAGACUACUACGGUACACACUGCUUACAUUGUUUUAAAAGACUAGACGAUUGUGAGAAUGAAGCUCCCGUGUGGUGUCCGAAAUGUUCAGGAGUAGCAUUCUGCAGCAUUGCUUGCAGAGACGCAGCAGUAUCCACAUAUCAUUCUUUUGAAUGCCAAUUUUUAGAUCUCUUUAUAGGUUCUGGUAUGUCAAUACUGAGUCACAUAGCGUUACGUAUGGUGACACAGGCAGGGCUCGACACCAGCUUGUCAAUACACGCCAAGUACAUCAGCAAUGAAGUAAAGACUGUCGAAGGAGCCGUCCUUAAUGACAUAGAAGGUGUCGCGAAAAAAUCUAAAAUAAAAAGUAGAAAAGAACGACUCAAUAGAUCUAAAAAGGGAAUCAAAAGUUUCACAGAAAAGAAUUUUAAAGAAGAAGAGGAAGAAGUUAAAUUAGAAGAUAAAAUGAGUAUGGAAGAGAAGCUGGAGUUGAGAGCAGCGCAGAUAUACGCGCUGUGUACGCACUCCGACCAAAGGAAGGGAGAGGAUUACUUGAAGCGGAUAGUGAUGUCACUGUUCCUCACCGAAUGUUUGAAAAAGGCUGGUUUCUUCAAGAAGUGUAAACAGGAAAAUUUAGAAAAAGCACACUUGGCCGUCAUCGAGCUGAUCCUCCGCAACCUGCAGCUGCUGCAGUUCAACGCGCACGAGAUCUACGAGACAGUGCGCGGCGCCCACACCUUCGCGGGCUCCAAGCCAGUCUACAUCGCUGUAGGCAUCUACCCGAUUGGAGCCCUGUUUAAUCACGAGUGCUACCCGAGUGCAAUCAGAUACUUCGAAGGUCGUAACAUUGUGCUCCGGGCGACGAGACCCUUGUCUCCGGGCGAGGUGGUGGCUGAGAACUAUGGCCCCCACUUCAUGACCCGCGCCCUGAAGGAACGACAGCGGUCCCUGGCCUCCCGCUACUGGUUCCGAUGUGACUGCCUAGCCUGCAGGGAGGACUGGCCCACUCUCAAGCAAAUGAGCGGAGACACACCACCUUAUAUCAGAUGUCCAAACAUGGACUGCGUGGGUAAGUUCCGGGCCAAUCUGCAAUGUUUGCCCAACCGAUGCACUCGCUGCGCCACUCCCAUCAACAGAGACCUCGUCAAGAUUCACAUGGAGACUGUCAACCGGUGUGUCAAACAAUACCAAGAAGGUGCUAGGUUAAUGGAUGAAGAGCGUACUGAGGAGGCAAUCACAGUUAUGUGCGGGGCCAUCGACCUGUUCCACGAGGUAGCUCGGGCUCCGCACCGGGACACGCACCUCGCGCAGGAGGCGCUGCGCUCGUGCUUCGCCACCGCAGGCAACGUGCACCACGCCAGGGGCCCCGAGAGAGACAACCACAACAAUAACAACACCUCCACUUCAAUUUAG